UAUCAACAAGCUAUACGCGUACCAGAGCUUAAACCAUUUAGGCGUCAUUCGUCUGUCGAUGGAACCCCAUCUACGCCAAUGCUUCCAUGGUACCACCGCUCCGCAGCCGUGACUCAUCAACCAGGUGCCAGUCUGAGGUACCAGCCGUCCAUUGAUGGUCACUUCGUGACCCACUUAUGUACCGAAAGCUCUGUGACGAAAUGCUACUUCUUUUUGGUGAAAAAUGCUGGUGAUUAGGUGAAUAGUUGAGUUUUCUAUACGUGCGAGCAGUGCUUGAAAGGUAAUGAGAAAUGAUCAGAAUAUCAUCUGAGGCUUUUAGAGCUAUUUCCGUAGAGAGGCUAUUCUACCGACUGUUAUAUAUGUAGCUGAUAGAUACUUGGACAGUUAAAGCUUACGCAGCAGUCCCCAAACCUACAAUUUGAAAAGUACAGUACCCUAGCCAUGUCGGAAUACCUGGAGUACGACUGGCGAUGCGCCUUUAUAGGCAACCCCGCUCUUACGGACUACACUAGGUACCAGGGACCCAAAGACCAAGUAUCCGCAAUCAACUCAUUGCGAAGCACCAUACGCAGCUGCGAAGACUUUGAACUGAAAAAUAACCUUCCACAGGACGAUAAGGCGCUUAGAAAGUUUUUAUAUGCCAGAAAGUUCGACGUAGAAGACGCGCUUACGCUUAUGAAGAAUUAUUACUGCUACAGAAAGAGAAAUCCAGAUAUUUUUACGAAUUUCACGUUAGAUGCUGAAGAUAUCCAAAAGGCUUUGGAGAAUAGUCUCCCAGGAGUACUUCCCCAAAAAGAUCGAAAGGGUAGAUGCGUUUUGGUUCUAACAGGAAGUAACUGGGACUGCUCUUACAAUCUCCUGAGCAUAUACAGAGCGUUACUUUUUGCCUUGGAGCAUCUAGUAGACCAUAUCCACAACCAAUCCAACGGUUUCGUGAUCAUUGUAGAUUGGACAGAAUUUACAUUUAGACAAAGCACCAAUCUGAAGCCUUGGAUGCUAAGACUCAUGAUCGAAGGGCUACAAGACUGCUUCCCAGCUAGGUUCAAAGGCAUACACUUCCUUGGACAACCAUGGUACGUUGAAGUGGCCCUUACGGUUAUCAAACCCUUCCUUAAUGAACAUAUCAAAGAAAGGAUUUUUGUCCAUGGCAACAAUUUGAGCACUCUUCAUGAACAUGUUCAUAAAGAUAUCCUACCGGCUGAACUCGGGGGAGAGCAACCUUCGUAUAAUCCCAGAUCCUUUUUGGAUACACUCAAUAAGAUUAGUGAAGUGAAUGGACACUCUUGAGUGACACUUUUAUUAAUAACUUCAAAGAUCCGUUUAGUGCAGUAAAUUUGUGUAGCACACGCGAUAUUGGUAUCGAAAUCGGACGGCUUGGGCAGUAUAAUGUCCAUAAGUAAUUUAAGAGUUUUGAAUAUGUUAUGUCUCCAAACAGAUUUUAUUUAAAAUUUAUUUGCUGUACAAUGCAGAAUAUAUUUUCUCCCAGUUACCCAUGAGCCAUUCUCAGUGAAGACUUGAAUCCCUCACCAUGACGAAAUGCUGAAAUGCACUUCAGUAGUAAGAUGCAUGACUAAAGACUGAGAGGCUUUAAUGAAUAUGCCCUUUUUUGAGAAGCUCACACUUCGGGCAGGAAAGGCUGAUAUAAUCUAUUGAGCUUUCAUUGCUGAGAGUGGCCAUAAAAGCUUACCUCUGUCUAAAAUAAAUAAAACAAAUAAUACAUUUUUAAAAACAAGCUUUUAUUUAGCUGUUCAUAAAAUGAACUAAAAAUUUAAAAAUAAUUUGGUAAUUUUUAUAUAUCUUUCUUAUACUUCAUUAAUUGGACUCCAUAAAACUUUUUAAUCUAUUUGUAUUAAAGAAACUCGAUAGAUAUAAAUCGUAUGGAAUUGAGAAUGUACGUUAUUUGUUUAUCGUGUUUCUUUCAUCAAUUGACACUUAUGUCAUAGGGUUGACUGUGAAAAAUGCAAAUCGCCAUUUUACAGCGGCCGUCAUAUUGAAUUUAGAAUGACGUCACUAUGCUUACUGGGUUUCCCUCGUCAAGACCUUCCAUUUGAUACCCAUAGCCUGGAGGUGACUGUAAAAAACGUAAAUCGCCAUGUUGCGGCAGCCGCUAUAUUGAAUUUAGAAUGACAUUACUUUGCUUGUUAUGUUUCUCCCAUCAAGCCCUUUCAUUUAAUGUUCAUAUCAUAGAGAUUAUUGUGGAAAUGAUGAAUUGCGGCAAUUCAUUUUGUAUUUCCAUGCAAACCAAACCUGUGUGUACAAAAUUAUCAGCUCAAUUGGUUAAGGGUAGCUGGUAGAAAAUUCAGUUCCAGGAUUUAUACUAACAGGUCAAGUUAAAUAGAAACUUGUAAAAAGGACAUUGUUUCAGUCCAAAUGGGACUUCUGUCAUAACGGUCAAAUAAAUUAUUUUAUGGAUACUGUUUUAAAGUAAAUAGUUGUUCGUAUGAUGUCAAACCCAGACGUUUUUCAGAUUACAAAUUACUUAGUCAGUAGAUUUUUAUAUAUAUUUUAUAUAUAUAUAUAUAGAGAGAGACUUGUCGAUCAAAAUGUCCAAAAAUGUAGUAAUGUUAAAAUCAAGUAUGUUACUGUAGUCGACACACUUCAGAUGAUAGAUGUUCAGGAUUAAUUGUGCGGUUAUAACAAGAUUUAAAAAAAUGUAAAUAAUCAGAUCGAAAAAUGAAUCAAAUUAUUAUAUGUGAGAUUUACUCGUAGUUAGGAUAAGGACUUUCGUUGGUGUCUCAUUCUGAACGGACAUACGUAGAGUUAAGAGAAAUGAUUGACAAUAGGUUUAUGUUGAAGCUUUUAGCAGUGAUCUGUGAUGAUUUUAUUAACAAUAGUAUGUAUGUAAAAUUGAAAUCGAUAUUGUAUAUUUAUGUUUUACGAAUAAAUGUCUUUGCUUUACGGA